AUGUCACUUACUAGUACUGAACUUAACUAUUUAGUUUGGCGGUAUCUCCUGGAAUCAGGGUUUGAGCUUGCGGCUUAUGCUUUGGAGAAACACUCUCUCUGUCUAUCUCACGAGGACAAUAACAAUUCAUCAAUAAUAUCGAAAGUAAAACCAGGAUGUCUCGUCAACUUAGUUCAAAAGGGAAUAUUGUUUGGCUUAUCUGAGGAGGAUAUAUCAGACGGCCAAUCAAAGGAAAAACUCUCACUAUUUGGUGCAUUGUUAGAAGACGAGUUGGAUAAUGAAAGAAGUAGUGGAAUACACCUGGAUAGCCAAACAUUAAGAAAUAAGAAUGACUAUGUAGACUCAUAUUCUAAAGAUGAGUCUAGUCGUAAUAAUUACAGAGAUAUAGAAAUGGAAGAGGAGAAAGAAAGUGAGAAGAGUUUCGUAACUGAAGGUAAUUUUGGGAGUCACUUAGAGAACAACUUCGAAUCGAAAACACUCUCACCGGCUCUAAAGUUUCCAGAAAGCUUAACCUGUGAGUGGAAUCCGACUGUAGAUGUCUUUGCAUUUGGUAAGAUGGAUUCAACUGCCAUUAUAAACGCAAUAAAGGACGACUGCGUAUUGGAAUCAGUUACUUUAAUGCAUCCGAAUAUAUUGGGUACUGAAGAUGAGAUAAAUUUAGUGUCAUGGUCUCCUAAGGGAAACGCAAUCGUCACUGUCAGCAUUAACGGUGAGCUUCGUGCUUGGUCUCCAGAUGGAAAAUUAAAAAAUGUCGCUAAUCCAUCGAUAGGGAAUGAAAUCAUAAGUAAAAUGCCAAAUGACAAUUUGGAGGUGAAUACUUCGAAUACAUUAGUUACGGAUUUGAGGUGGAAUGAAGAUGGGCAAUAUUUUUUGUCUGUGAAUGCUAACGGUCAAGUGAACCUUUGGGAUGGGAUCACCAUGAAUUUAAUCACUAAAAUGAAGUCAAGUCCCACAGUUGUGGAACAGUCUAUACUGACGUCGCCUCCCAUUGCAUGUUGGCUUACUGAUGAUAAGUUCGCCCUUACAUCCCCAACCAAUACCAUUAACAUUUAUUCUGUACUGAAGGGAUUCGUGGUUCAGCCAGAAAUACUACAAGUUGGACAGUUGAGUGGUCAUAAUAAUUACAUCAGUUUCUUAGCCUUUGAUCAUGGAUCCAAAUUUUUGGCAUCAUGUUCAGAUUUUAACUAUCUGAUUAAGGUAUGGAUGAAUAGUUCUACUAAGGAGUGUGUUGAAUUGAACGUUGGCUCUGAUAACAAUACCUUUAAGAGGCAUCUGAGUCCAAUCAUUGGCUUGGAAUGGUUAGAUCACGGCAACUUGGUAAGUGUUUCUAUGGAGGGAGUAGUUAACAUUUGGGAUGCAUCAAACGGCAAUUGCAUAUAUUCAACGAAUAUCUUGACUCUUUUGGAGAACUUUAGAUCAGAGGAAUACGCAAAAUUGAAAAGUCUUCAGGAGCCUCUAUUAUUCAACGUUAGUUUAUCGCCCAACAAAGAGUGGUUGGUAGUGGGAGAUGACUAUGGAAGAGUUUCAGUCUGGGGCAUUUCAAUAGGUAGCACCGGUAAUUCGAGUACAGUAACUUUUCUUGGUAUUUAUAAUUUAGAUAUAUCUGAUAAGUUUUCGAAUGAGAAAGGCUUACAAGUUGGAAUAUGUGAUAUUAGCUGGAAUUCAAGCUCACUGAAGUUCUGUGUUUCUUAUAAGGGAACAGACAGUGCCGUAUUUAAUUGGCCCUAG